AUGUUCCUUGAUCGAUAUUCCCGACGACGCCGUUGGAUUGUGGGUUGCGUAGCAGUCACAACUGCAGUGGUGAUUAUGCUGCUGACCCCUCCCCCUAAGAUGGUAAGUGGAGAGUUUAAGAUGAAAUCCACUAGGAAAUUGAGUAAUUUUGAUAUUCAGUGGACAAAAACCUUGUACCAGAAUAAUUUAAAGCAUAUUGCAUUCUUCUUUACAUUUGUCAAGGACUGAAGAUGUAAUGUCAAAUUUCACAAGAAGUGUGAAAACACAGGUAAAAUUCUGAAAAUUUCAUGUGUAAGAAGUAAUUUUGUGAAAUUUAACAUUCAUUUUCUCGGGCUCCCAUGAGAAAUUUAUUACAGAUGACUAAUUAUAUCUUCAGCCCUUGAAAAAUGUAUAAAAGAAUGCAAUAUUCUUUAAAUUAUUCUGCUACAAGGUUUUUGUCCAUUGAAAAUUAAAAUUACUCAAUUUCCUGAUGGGUUCCGCCUUGAGCUUCACGUGCACGGCAAAUGGCAAACGUCAGAUUCAACUUGAAGAAUUUCUGAAAAUAGAAAAUGAGAUAAAAACAGCUCAAAACAAUUCUUAUGGAUAAAAAAUUACGUGAAAUUACUUAUUUAUGUGUAGAAAUAAUGAACAGUAAACGACGAAAAGGGGAAACUUGGUCACGUGGUUCAAAUUCAUGUUUGCCGUUUGACAGAAACGUGAUGCUUAACCUCUCUAGUAUUUUGUUCCUGUCCUCUCCCAAUGAAGGACAGUGCUGGCUUCAUAAUAAUUAUCUCUUGAUAAAUUAUUGCAACAAAGGAGAAACCUAGGACUCAUCAGCAUAGCCUUUUCCAGGCUUCGAGAUAGUUGGGUCCGCGAAUGGAAAAAGCCCGAACACGAAAAUAAAACGGGAGGUGCGCCCUUUUUCCAGAUCACGCGCUUAUAUUUUUGCGUGCUCGUUACACUUACGCGUCAUCCUUCAGUAUCAGCUGAGAACCUGGAACAGGCUAUCAGCAUGGCAUAGCCCCAGGUAAAAACAAAUUAAACAAUAUCAAUGAGAUCAGCUGUCCAUGGCUGCCACUGCCCGGGUGAUAUCGCUGUGCGCAUGCGUAAAGUGCUGGUCAUACCACCGCGGAGUUGGUAGCCUGUGCUUCAAUGCCUGAAAUUGGUAUAUGAAAGAAAAGACCCUGCGAACGAGUGAGUUUAAGAACGUGCGGAAAGCGUCCUGGGAAUAGGCUGAGCCAUUACUAGUGUCCAGGUGUCCUCUGUAAAGAGAGGAUGAAUGCAUGUUAUGUUUAAUGUCCUCCCUAUUGAAAACAGGAGGCCAAUAAAUGAUUGGUUCCAUAACACUUCGACGCAAGCUCCAUUUGCAUAAAACUGUAGGUUUUUCUUAAGCUCCUCUUCUUUGAUGAGCCGGCUCUUGGUCCUCUAUUAACCCGCCCAGAGAAAGGAAGUAAUUAAUCCCCCUUCCUUUCAUUUCACACCCCCAAAAGACUCUGUUAAUUAGACACAAUCCAUAUCUAUUCAAUCUAAAUUAUAAUGCUUGUAAAACUGGUCACAUUCCAAUACCCACAGGACAAUCAAAGCCUUCGUACAACAUAUCAAUUCAAGAGGAAGUAUAUGGGAGUGAAAAUCUAGUUCGUUCAUUUAUCCCACUGCAACUAGUAAUGGUGCUGUGUUUUUCUACGUUAGAGCGGUUUUCACUUGACUGUCGAAAGUAAUUGAGGAAUUGGUUUGGUUUUGGUUUUACUACGCCCUUUGGUUGGCUAGUGUAUUUACUUUGGUUUUGGUUUUACGACAGUCAAGUGAAAACCGCUCUGAUUCGUACUCAUAGAGAAUAAUCCCAUCUUGUUAUCACCUCCGCUCCCAACAGGCUCCAUUCAACAGACCCCAGCGUCAGACGUGCGCGUGGGAAGGACGGGUGGAAGCGUUUAAUCGAAGAUUUAUAGCUAUAAUGUAAAUGACUUUGGUAUGAUUAAAAAUUAAUGUGUCUGCUUAAUAUCCUCCGAUGAUAAGGACAUAAUUUAUAUUCCGAGUUGCUCAUCAGAUUUUAAAAAUCACUUUUAGGCUAAACUGUUUUUGAACGAGGAGAUUUAUUGGACAAAACGAAACUAUGAAGAAACCACGGGUAAGUUUACUGUUUAUCUUCUUCUGCUUCAAGUGUCUUCUGCUGCUCUAUCGAUCACGAUGCCUAGUUUUAGAUGAUUUGCUACCAAGAGAGAAUAAAAUCUAACGCUCUGCUCAAAGACAGAUAAAGUUUCACUUUUGAAGACAUUUCUCUGUGUUUGGAAAUGCAGCAUGAUCGUAUAGCCAACAAAAAGAUAUCGCCUAUAACUCUUUAUUCUACCUUAGAAAUAAUAAACUCCAUUUAGACCCUACCUGUAUAAACCAAAACAUGUAAAUUGUGGAAAAAGUUAAGAUCGCUUGUUCAAUGUUUGUAGCUGUCAUUCAGGGCUGAUUUCUAUAAAAUACAUCGAAGUUGUAGAAGUCUGACAAAUUACUAGACUACGAGCUGCCUCACUUUUCAUCCGUGGAGGGAAACGCACGCGCAAGAAAUUAAAUAUGAAACCACGCGCACGACCUGGAGCGCUCACUCUUCUAAAAAGCUCCCCGCUCGCGUGUUGCACGUGCUACUACACCAACCUUGGAACGGCCUCGUCCCCAUUUCUUUUCGGCAGUGGAGCCGAGGUUGACUUUGAAGUAACACGGUGCUCACAGUUAACAAAUUCAACCAUUCAACCAUAAUCUUCACCUUUAUGACGGAGCUUUGGGUUGAUGAUCAAGGGUAUUUUUAAUAGCAAACUCUUUUCAAUAUACAGAAUCCAAGGAAGAACCAGUUCAGCCACCACCAGAAAACAAGAAAAUUCAAACUACCGUUACCACUUCCUCCCUAAAUCGAACAGAAAGUGCUCCAACACCGAGCAUAUUCACGUAUGUCGACGAACCUCCCGCUGCAAAUGAAAUGAAAAGGCUCAUGAGGGCUCUUUCAACUCAGGGGGCGGUUUGCUCGGAUCAACGCCGCAUAGGGGGCUUGCCAAGGGGUCCACAUGGGGCCCCUCGUCCGUUCGGUCCUGAUGGCAUGUGGUAUAUCUGUUUUGACGAGGAAGUCCAAUUAAUUCCGGGUACAUGUGUUGUUUACUCUAUCGGGUAAGAAACCUUUGCAGUUAGGCUCUGUUUCCAGUCGUAGGUAUGUCAAUGCGCCAAGGCUUCUCCCCACUUGUGUGAGGAGAAUCGCGGACGCUUUCACACACCCGCAGCUAGAAACUGAGCCGUAUAGCUACGAGUAGGUAACGUAGCUUGCUCACGAGUGGGGAAUAGUCGUCAGAAAUUCUAAAAGGGCUCAUGAAAUGUAGAAGAAUUUCAUACUCAGCGCAGCGCAGCUCGUCGGCAGCGCAUGGAUUCCACAGGCAAAUAUCAGGAAAAUGUGGUCACCGGCCUGUAUUUAACAGUGUUAUCCAUUAAAACUGUGCAGCGCAAACGAUAAAUAGCUGUUUGAAGAUUAAAUUGACGAAUUUUAAUUAAAAAUCUGCGUAACCUCCUUGAAUCAGUAAGGCGAAAGCGCUCAUAAUGUUUGUCAAAUAUCACUUAUAGUACGCACUUCAACAUUUCAGGGAAACUUAGUUUUGGGGCUCUUAAAGCUAUCGACUACAGUCGCUUCUCAUCGCUAAUAUAGAUCAUACCAUGAAGCUAGAGAGGCUGAUUACGUUAUAUACAGCUGUAAUGAACCUUGGUGAACUCGUGAACAGACUAAAUUUAUGGUUUCGAGUUGUCGUGGCCGGAGAAAUUCUCUUUUGUAUAGUUGUUGAAAAUCAAAUCAACUAGUCUUCGUAGCAGGCGCUCAAAAGGGAAGGGGAGGGGGGGGGGGGGGGAGAAUUGGCUACAGAAGUGCGCGCCAGUGUUACAGUGAUAUGGGAAUCCCCAUUCCCAAAACUCUAGUGAUAUGGGCAUUCUCUUCUCAUAUUACCCUAGCGAUUUGGGUUAGGGAUAGGGUUGUACAGGGGAUGCCCAUAUCAUUAGGAUUUUGGGAAUGGGGAUGCCCAAAACGAGUGAUGCCCAUGUCACUGUGACACCGGGGAGGAGGAGGGGAACCUCCCCCUUCGCCCGCCUUCGUCCCCAGCGUUUCUUCCUUGUGAAAAUCCCCUUCCCCUUUCGAACGCCUGUCAUGCCGGGUCAAACAACAAACCCUUUCCGAGUUGCUUCUCUGUAAAGACGAGGGUAAGUGCGAAGCCUUUGGGGUAUGAGGUUACAUCAGGAGCCCAUAACCUGGUGCUCGUGUCACGGCGUAGGCAUGGACCACUUUAUUUUUAGAACGGUUUUGGGGCGAAUUUCGAAUAUCUUCUAAAUUCCACAAACCAGUCAGCAAAACCUACAGACCUGAAAAUGAUAUUUUUUGACUUUUAAUAACGUUUAGUUUUCCUUUUUGAUAUCUUAUACUUCGAAUGCGCUUAUAGACAUGGUGAAGGUUCUAUUUUCGCGGGAAAAAGCGCCCUACCCUAACAUGUGUCUAAAAAUGUAGACAUAUUAAAUUCUGCAAGCAGAAUACUGCAAUGCUGAUCGUACUACCUGAAAAUCAACUCUGCAAGACAUCAACACGACACCGAAAGAACUCAAAAAAGAGCGAGAUUGAAGCCAUAGACAGCUGUUUCGCCCUCUUUGGGGCUCGUCAGUAUGGCGUAACAACCAGAGAAAGAUCUGAUGAAAAAUAUUCGCGCACUCUGAUUUAAGCCGUGACCUAGAACUCUCAACACCCACAGAAUCACGCCAUGCCACGUGUCUUCUGGGGGGCAAGAGUCCAAGUUUCAAGUUGAUGUUUCGCAGAGAAAAUAAAGAAUUGGCCAAAAUCAACCUCUAAAAAAUGGACAGAACCAUGCAAGAAUUACGGAAUAUCGGAUCUAUGAAAGAUCUACGGCCCCAGAAUACAUAAAGUACAAACAUUAACCACAAAGGACUGCAAAGGACCCCAAACGAAUAUGCUGAUCAGCUCUUUAUAGAUCCUACGUUCUUCGUCAUAUUCGUUUGCGGUCCGUCUGCAGUCCUUUGUGGUUAAUGUUAUUUUUUUUGCGCUUGGCCUCAUUUUGAAGGUGAGCCGCUUGUGAAACUCGGAAACAGCUUAUUAAGUUAGUUUGGCUUAAACGUUUCAGUCAAUUUCUAACCAACGUAUUUUACGAUUUUCAUUCCUGAAAGGACGGGUGAUGAUUUUUCGUUUGACGAGAAGAUGGCAAACCAUGGUUGUAACGUGUUUGCGUUUGACCCUACAAUGGGGAGAGAAGACCACAAUCAUAGCCCGAGAGUCAUGUUCUACAAUCUUGGACUGUCGGAUGUUGAUCAAGAAGGAGCUGAAAAUGUUUCAAACAAGCUCGAUAAACGCACAUGGAAAACUAGAACCCUGGCGUCGAUUAUCAAGGAACUGGGACAUUCUAAGGUGAAAAACUGUUACUGAAUAUCGUAUUUCCUCGAAUAAUAGCCGUCCCUCGAUCAAUCGCCUCCGUCAAAUAAUCGCCCCUCCCCGCCCCUCUCGCAAUCUUCUCUUCCUUUUAUCCCCUCCCUGUCAAGUUGAAGUGAAAUGAGAUCCAGCAAAACUGAUCGGUGACGAUUCAAACUCUGAAAAUUAAUGAAGGAACUAAAUUAGGAACAUUCAAAAAGCCCAUGUUCAGUUUAUUUGACUUCCAGUGAGUAAUAUUUGGAGUAAUCAUCGACUCCCUCGAAUAAUCGCCUCCUUUUUUGUGCGCAAAAAGAAAUAAUCGCCCCCGGCUAUUAUUCGAGGAAAUGCAGUAAGUUUCUAAUUUAUCAGCGAAAGACAUCACAUUUCUACCAUAGCAUUGCGCAUUAGCAAAUAGAGCGAUUUUCUAAUGACCUUGAAAUGAAAACUCUCAAACAAAACAGAAACAACAAACGAACGGAAAUAGAGCGAUUUGAUUGGUUUAUCGAACAGAUACAAACGCGCGUGGCUUUUGGUUGGUUAAGCGAACGCUCGGCUGAAAAAACUUCACGCCCGGGAACUUUCCAAAAAUCAAUCGAUACUUCGCCUUGACGUCAUACUGCAACACUAUUGGCCAAUUCAACAAUGUCUUCUCCAUAUUAGGGUUUUCUUUGUCGGGAAAACGAAUAGUCCAUGUUUUGAUCUUUUCAUCCACUAGCUGAUAAAACAGAUAACGAACACUUAUCGAAACCAUUCUUCAAUGUCAUACGAAAAUCGCUCUAUCGACAUUCCAGUGGCAGCAGUAUGUAGGAUGUUUGUCACAUGAACCUAGUGUUGUGGCCUCAGUUUCCACGAGUUUUCUGUAGCUCAGCGGUAGAGGAUCUGGAUGGUGUGGCUCGACACCUAUCGGGAGUACUCGGAUUUUUUCUUCCGAGCCGCCUGUCGCAUUGUCUGAAUAAACAUCUUUCUUAAGAAAAUUCAUGCAGAUGCAGGACGUAUCCCUGGUUUUUCAUAAACUGGCCUCUAGCGUUACAAUCACCCUGUUCGAUAUGGAUCACUUUAGGUUUCUGGGAAACUGCCCACCUACCCCUCCCCUAAGCCAUCAUCAUCACUUACUUCUCACUUAGGGAAAAAUGUUGGCUUAGGGGAGGAGUAGGUGGGCAGUUUCCCAAAACUGAUCCUUCGAUAUACUCAAACAGCAGCUAAUCUGAAACCAUAUCAUCUGAAACCCCCUUUCGGCAAUCAGUCAGUCAAUCAGUCAAUCGUUCAGUCAGCCAGUCAUUGAUCCGCUUACAGCAGCGUUGCGUGUCUGCGACUCGAGCGGUUCCAAAGGCAAUCGUGCCCAGAACCUUCUUUAACCUCGUCCAGUGGUCCUUAGUGCAGACUACGAGCAGUCUCUCUUUUUUCUGCAGUCCGUCGCGCAAAACUCGAGCCACGCAAAUAGCCACGCGCGUGACUGAUGGCGCGAGACGGGAGAGGCACCAAAAAAGAGAGACUCUCUUUUUUCUUCUCGGGCUGCCGCCCUCGUUUCGCGCGUCUCGCUGCUUCGCCGCUCCCGCGCGCGUGCAUUGCUCUCACUAAACCUGAAGAAAAAGGGAGACUUCUCGCAGUCUAUCCUUAGCGCUGACCGAAAGAAUCGCAGCCUCUGGAAACGAGACUACUGCGAAGGAGUCUAAGUCAACUUUCAUCUAGGGCUUGCGCGAGCCUCGCUAUUACGGACGCUACUUUCACUGGUCUUUGAAAACGCACCUGCUACUGUUUUUAAGGCUAGGGACAUUGUUUGGUCUUUCAUCACUCCUAUUAAUUCGUUAGCCAAUUAUACAUCUCGUGCUAAAAGACUCGGAGGUCGCACUAAGCUGUCAUCUAUAAAGUGGCCUGGGUUCGAUGGUGUCCAGUGCCCAUGCGUGAGUUGUGUUUUUUCAUUUGGUGCUUGUCCUUCGGCUGCAAUAUUUAUUUUUUUAAAAUCGAGCGCUAGUUUCCAAUUUCCUAUUCGAUCUGAAACGCACAAACACUCGUUUUGAGGACUUUUGUAUAUGAAGUUCUUUGCGGGUAAACAAUUCACUUUUAAUUUACACUUUUUAUACUUAUUUUCUUUUCCGGUAGAGAGAAAUUGACAUUCUAAAGAUGGAUAUCGAAUCAAACGAAUGGAGGUGCUUACGUCAUAUGCUGGCAGACGGAACCUUAAAAAAUUACGUGAGGCAGCUUAAUGUGGAAUAUCACGUGAUCGUGAGGACACCAGAAGCUCUAAGACGAUACUACAGUACAGCUAAAUGGCUUGAAAGACAAGGAUUUAAAAUAUUCCAUUCUAGAAGAAAUCCAUACUGCCCGGAAUGUUGGGAAAUGUCGUAUAUAAACUCCAAUCUAGUCAACUUGCCUUUGAAUUAA